UAUUCUGCCUAGAACACGAUCCUGCAGUCACAGGUUCGUGUUGGCCAGAAGGAAGACUUUCAAGUUGUCAAACGUUACCCUACGUUGCCCUGUUAAAAUGACACUCAUCAGCUGAUAGUGACAAGGACUGGAAAGCAGUUACCACUGGCCAACGCGAAAAAGUACAACUGUAAAGAUGGUGAGUCGAGGAGAGAGUGAGACCCAUCGGCUCCGGCAGCAGAUGGAGGAGCAGCUUGACCGGUUGAUGACACAACUGGCAGAUCUUGAAGAAUGCAAGGCAGAGCUAGACCCCGAGGAAUAUGAAGAUGCCCGCAAGGACACUCUUGAGCAGCUAAAUGAGUUUCAGUCGUCACUUUCCCGCAUGACAAGUGGAGAUAUGACCCUGGUUGACUCAUUUAGUGCUAUGCAGUUGGCUAUUCAAGCAGCCAUAUCUCAAGCCUUCAAGACACCAGAGGUCAUUCAGAUGUUUGCAAAGAAACAACCAGACCAGUUAAGGGAAAAGCUCUCACAAAUUGAAAGAGACCAGAAGAUUGGCAAGCUGCCAUUGGAUGUAUAUGAACAACAGAAGGUUGAAGUACUAAGUGCUCUACAGAAGCUUGGGGAAACUUUGUCCCCUACAGAAAUGCAGUUUCUGGAUGCACAUGCAUCAACUGUUAUGAAAAAUUUUGAUGUUGUAACAGAUGAAAAAGGCAUGAUUAAACGGUACUGACUGCCUUGUUCUGUAGCAACCAGCUGCAGUGCUCCUCUUUUGAAGAUAAAUUAGUGAUACUGGUGACACUACUUCUAAUGGCUGUGAUAUUGAAUGUGCUCUAUAUCUUCACUCAUCAUAUAAUUUCAUUCUGUGCCAUUUCAUUGCUUCUUGAGAGGAAGGUGAUUGUUACUAUUACUGGCAAUUGGCCUGAAAUAAAGUCAGCUAGUGUAAGUGCAAAACCUGAAAUUAACAUUGUGAUAUGUAUCUGAUUUAGUGCGCCCAGUGAAAUGUGAUGAUAUACAAUUUUUGCUUUAAAGUUAAAAAGGAUGUUAUUACCUUUCCUCCAGAAAAAUGUCCCAAUAUAUCAUCAACCUUAAAUGCAAUACUUGAAUUUUCUUGCCUCCGGACAACUACCAAUGUAAAGUAGGAUUAUGAAAUAUACAUCAAAUGGUUAUAAAUAAAACCUUUUUGUCAGUAACUGUAUUUUUCCAUAAAGUUUUCUAUAAAUACUCUGAUUUUUUUUGUCUAUUUUUUACAUCUAACAUGGUAACACUGAAAAUAAUUAAGUAAUUCAAUUCCAAUUUUGUCAACACAGUGUUCUUAUAAAUCUUAAAAUAUCACUGGAUCACAAAGAGCAUAUUAAAAUUUUUUAGAAACUUUUACAGAACUAUUAUGACAUUUGUACAAUUCAACUGCCUGACAUUCACACAAACACACAGAAAAAUACAUAUGUAAAAUUAUAAUGAAAUAUCUUUCACAUUUUAAUGCAAAAAGAAUGGAGAUUAUGGAAUAUUAGUUUUAACUUAAUGAACUUAAUAUCCAACAGGUAGAGGUAGAAAGUCCCCCUACAUCUCUAUAUAUAAAGUUCUUUCUAUAAUGACAUCUAAUGUGUGACUGAAGAAGCCCUCACAUGUACCACUAUCAUAAAGAGCAAUUUCAAGCCAGAGCUCAAGAGAGAUCUGCUGUAGACAUCUCAUAAAGUAAAAUUUGUACUUUGUAUAUCGUUCUGCAAACUACAACACGCUGGACUGAGUUCAGUGUAAUAAGGACAUCAUAACCUUAAAACAGCUUAUCUCUCCACAGUAUCCUAGUGUAAAAAAACAGUGCAGUGUUGUACAUUCCAUAGACAUUGACUCUUUGGAAUAAAUCUGCAAUGUGGAAACUACAAAACCUUGCAUUCUAUACUGAUAAUUUUCAAAAUAAAUACAAGACCUUGGCAAAUGGUCAUAAAUUAAAAACCAAUCACAAAAACUCUCCUCUCUCUCUCUACCAUCACACAUGCAUAAAAAAAAAAAAAAAAAAAAAAAAAAAAGACAUGACUGAUAAAAAAAAAAUAUAUAUAUAUAUAAUUUUAAAUUGGAGAGGUUACAUCCUAAUACUCACAGCCAAAUGAAUAAUAAAUAUGAUCCCGAUAACUAUUGGGUUCACUUCCCAAAGUACCCAUUGUGAAAACAGCUUUGCAAUGUAUGCAAACUUGCAAAGUUAAUUUCUAUUUUUAAUUCUUUGGAAUUUAAAACUUCUAAUUUCAAUAAUUUAUAAAAUAUAACUAUGUUUUGUUUUAUGUUGGAAACCAUUUUAAGAUUUUAUUUAUUAAUUAUUAGUAUUGUCUUUUUAUUUUAUCUUAUUUUAUUUAUUUUUUUCGUAAAGGGGUAGGGUCUGUCUUGAAGGAUUCCACAAUGCAGCUGAAGAAAUAAAACUGGUAUCUAACUGAUCACAAAUUAUCUGCAUUCCCUGGCUGAUUCCUAAUGAUAACUAUGUAAGCUUGAUACUAGCCAACAAUUUGAAAAGACCAGGUAACUUUACUGGCUCAAGUAUUCAGCUCCCAAUCAGUUAGUUUUCUUCCAUUUCAUGUAUUUCCUGCACUUGUUCUUAUUAUCAGCAAAGAGGAGGAACUUGAACAUAAAAGAAAUGAGAUGCCUCUGGAGUACAUGUGGAGACAUUAAUGUAUCAACUGAGGAAAUGAGAAAGUCUGAGGGAAAAUAGUUGUUAUAAAUGACAAAGAUGAUUGAACAGAAUAGUUAGUGAUGUGACAGUUAAUGAGAGAGAGAGAGAGAGAGAGAGAGAGAGAGAGAGAGAGAGAGAGAGAGAGAGAGAGAGAGAGAGAGAGAGAGAGAGAGAGAGAGAGAGA